AUAACGCCUGUAGAUUGGAAACCACUGAGCAAUUAUGUUUGCACAAGAAAUGUGAAUAAUGGAUCUGAUUUGUCCUCGUGUGACUCUUGUAUUUCUGCAUGAUUACGUAGGCCUAGUCAAGAUCAAUAGACCAAGGCGACCGUCACGAUAUGAAAUAAACGUAUAAUAUGAUGUCUGUUUCAAACAUGAAGCUCUGCUAAGCUUAUGUGGAUCUUGCCAAAUCAUCCGUUGUCAAAACUGCGGCCUUAGAAUUACAUAUUGGUAACAGUUUGAUUGCUAUUUUCCCUGUGUGUGAUUGUGAUGAACGCGAAGCAUAUCUAAAGUGAUACACCAACGAUCGAUAGACAUGGGGAUAUGGAUUGUAUUUAUCGUGCUCGUACUGAUGACAGGUGGCACUAAAUCUCAAGAUCAAACCAUCUACUUGAGUGAUGAAGGAACAACGACUAUUACGUCUCCAAAUUAUCCGGCGAAUUAUUACAACAAUGCUGACAUCGUGUUACUGAUGAUAGCUCCCACUGGGAUCAGGAUCAGGUUACAAUUCAGUGAUUUCCAAAUAUCGGACGGGGAUUCCCUAACGGUCUAUGUUGGAUUGACAGAUUUGUUCUCUGACGCCACAAGGAUAGCAACACUUUCAGGAUCUUCACUACCUGAUGACAUUUCAUCAACUGGCUCCUAUAUGUGGCUUCAUUUUACAUCAGAUGACCGAUGGAGGAGGAAAGGAUUCUCCUUAUCAGUCAGUACAAUCGAACCGGAUGAACAUGAAGUCAUCAAUAUGACCAGUGAAGAAUCAAUGAUGAAUAUAACUUCUCCAAAUUACCCAGAUGAAUAUGACAACAAUGUCGGAGUGCUGUGGCAGGUAAUAGCUCCUAUUGGCUCCAGGAUCAGGGUACAGUUCAAUGGAUUCGAUCUUGACAAUGGUUCAUAUUCUCGAGAAGGUGAUUCUCUUAUUGUCUUUCAGGGGCUGGCAAACUCUUUGGAGAAAGUCACUCAAAGAGCUCUUCUUUCGGGAUCUUCGCUUCCUCUCGAAAUAUCAUCCAUCGGAUCAUAUCUAUGGCUUUGGUUCACAUCAGAUUAUUCAGAGACGAAGAAAGGAUUUUCAUUUUCAGUCGGUUUAGUCAAGCCAGACUGGGCUUGUGAUUUUCAAGACGUCCCCUGCCAACUGGUGACUGGUAGUGGAAGCUGGGAAAUUGGAAAUAUCAAUAAUUAUUACUACAUUUUAACAACAGAUGAUUCAUCAAGUUUCACCAUUAAUCACACCUUUACAUCAAGAGAAGGCAUACUAUCAUUUGCUCGUUGGCAGCGAGACUCUGGUUCUCUAAGUGUGACGGUUUGCAAGACACAGGACCCCUACUUGUAUGGGGACACUCAGGGAUAUAUCGUAUAUGAAUACAUUUCAUACAAGUGCGAAAGAGCCCAAGAUAUCGAGAUAACUUUCACGGCUACGGGGAUGAGACUUUCAAGUGUUCUUGACAUACAGCUCUAUGAAACUUUAGUUCCUGUUACAGAGACAACAUCUCUAUCAACUGAUGCUUAUACCAGGUCAAGUGUGUCCGUUCCUUCUUGGUCAACAACACAACCGACAAGCCAUCAGAUGUCUAAUUCAAUCAGGGGCUCUUCAACCAUGUCAACAAAGGAGUCAACAGAAAACGCUGUGACAAAAUCGGAAGCCUCAACUGAUAGCUCAGUACCAUCUCUACAAGGAAAUUUACGAGGGCAAAAUACAGCUGCAAUUGCAGCAGCAUGUUCUGUUGUUGGUUUAGUGGUACUUGUCGUGGUCAUAAUUAUUCUAUAUAUCCGUAAAAGAUCCCGAAAUCCAGAGAUGGCUGCACCCCAUGAAAAAGACGAGGACGAUUCCAACAUGUAUAACAACCCAGUGUAUUGUUCAAAAGAUGGAGGCCUUCCGAUCCCAGACUUGAUCGUCGGUACGACUUCCAAUGACGGCCCUUCUCCCCGUGCACCACUAAAACCAGCUGACGUUGACAGUCAGUAUGAAGAAUUCGAAGGCCAUCGCCAUAUAAAGACAAACAUUGUUGAUUCCCAACCCCAUGGUGAUGCCUUCAGUGGUAUCACAUCCGAGAGUGGAGAACUGAAUCCAGUCACUUAUUACUCUCCCGAAGAUCCAUCCACCAUUGAUGUUAACGAUGACGCCCUCAACGAGGAUGAUUAUCACACCUACGAACAAGCUAUCAACCCACGGCCAUCAAAGAAACCAAAGGAAGCAACAAUGGACCAAAUAGGAACCGGCAGUUUGUAUCAGGACUUAGACAAACCGUCGCCAUCAACGAAUGUUUAUUCUUCUCUUGAUACGAAAAGGGAUUUGCCCCAACAUGGGACACAAAACGGUGGGAAAGAUGGACAAACAGAUGGUUCUGCUGUUCUUGACGAUGAGUUGGAGUACAACGCGCUCACCUUCAAUAAGUCAUCAGACAUCACCCGGGCAUUAAAGACGCCAGCUGGUGUAUCAGAUAUAAAGGCAAACAAUGGAUACGGUGUCCUCGAUCUACCAAAAGAAGGCCACUCGGAGCAGUCUCCACAGCUUCACAACGACGAUGUUUAUAAUACCAUUGAGGGUUCUCCACAGGAGCAAGACAUCACGAAAGAAAUGCCUGCAGAAUCGUUCAGUGGGUACCAAGCUCUGAACCAUCGACAACAGGACGAUCAGAUUUCUCGACAAGGUCUCAAUCCCAAAAAGGUCACCCCAGUAUCCCCUGGAGAUUACCAAAGUCUAUCAACUGGCCCAAAAGGUCCAGGACCAAAGAUGGAAGCAUCCGGCUCAGAUCAGCCAGAUGAUGAACCCGAAUACCACAGCUACCAAGAUCCAAGUAAAAUGGACAUGAAUGGACCCGUUCCUCGAGAACUGGAUGCCUCUUCGAGUGACCAGUACAAUAUCCUCGAUUCUGGAAAGGAGGUAGGAGAUUACCACGUGUAUCAACAUACAAAUGAAUAUGGUAUGGAUGAAGGAACAUAUGAAGAUAUUAACUCGAAGACAAGCCACGACGAAGAAUAUUCUACUGUAGAUCAGAUCCAAGACCCUAAGGCAGUAGACGCAGCCAAAUUUGAACCAAUAUAUAGCGAUGAGGUUUACUCCGAGUUUCAGUAACAUGCUUGAUGUAUAUGUAACCAUAGUAAAACUUUUAUAUUAUUAAUCUUGCAGCUGUGUAGUAUAAAUGCACAUUUAUAAGAAUAACUAUUUAACGAUAUACCAUAAUCCGGAUUCAAUGGCUUUUAUGCUCCUAAGAAUGAAAUUAUGCUAAUUGAUAAGGAUUUGAAUAGGUUUCGAUUUACAUAUAGACAAUAGAACGCUAUGCAGCUUCGCCGCAGAGUACAAAGGAAAGAACACACAUAGAAUUUUGUCAUGCAACCUUUAUUUGAAUGAUAUGGCGAAUAAAAAAAAAAAAAUGUAUGAUAGGUUAUAACUUUAUUAAUGCGCCGUACAGAAAUAUGAUGUAAGUAUGGAGUUAUAUAGUGUAUCCUCACCCGCCAUAUUGCUGUCCCUUAAACACGAAUAUUUGAUGUUUGGUAAAUGAAAUGGAUAGUACUGUCCACUUUUUCAAAAUCAUGUACCAUAACGACAAUAAACACACUCUUUUUUUAUGCGUCAUAAGUUGUAUAAUAAAGACAUCAUUAUGGUGAGUGAGGGUAGUUUAUGCAAAUUGAUUUAGCACAUUAUUGUUCGGAAAAAUGUCCUUUUAAGUUUGAUUAAUAUAAAAUGCGAUUUUAAGUUUGAUUGUUAAUGUGUGUUGUGUACCCGUUUUAUACAAUACGUUAUUUAUAUCAAACGAAUUGUCGGAAAUAAUGAUUAUUGUAUAUAGGUUGUGUCGUAGUUUUUUAACCUAAGAAUUUGUGUGUUAUGUCCGAGGCUUUGCUGAUCAACAGUACUCUUUGUUUCAGACCAUA